GGACAGCCUAGAAAACUUCUUCAAGCAUUUGUAAUAAUCUUUUGGGGAAAAAAGAAUGAAAUUUCAGCUGACCUUUUUAAUGCACCUCGUGCUGUUUAGACUCGCAAAAGCUCAAGAUGACUGCAACAGUGGCUCUUGUCAUCCAAUCGUUGGUGAUCUCCUAGUGGGUCGCAGUGCCCAACUUACAGCCUCCUCUACCUGUGGAUUGGACGAACCACAGAAAUACUGCAUCAUAGGCUACCUGGAGGAUGAACAAAAAUGUUUCAUUUGUGAUUCCAGAUAUCCAUAUAAUCCAUAUACACAAGCCAACAGCCAUACAAUCGAGAAUGUCAUUACAACAUUUGAACCAGAGAGAAAAAAGAAAUGGUGGCAAUCUGAAAAUGGUCUUAAUAAUGUCAGCAUCAGACUGGACCUAGAGACCCUGUUUCAGUUCAGCCAUCUUAUAUUGACCUUUAAGACUUUCCGACCCGCAGCCAUGCUAGUUGAGCGUUCCGUGGACUAUGGCCAAACAUGGAAAGUUUUCAGGUAUUUUGCAAAAGACUGCGCUGCAUCUUUUCCCAACAUCCCAUCUGGCCAGGCACAAGGAGUAGAUGACCUUGUUUGUGAUUCCAAGUAUUCAGAUAUUGAACCCUCUACUGAAGGAGAGGUUGUUUUAAAAGCUUUGGAUCCCAGCUUUGAAAUAGAAAAUCCCUACAGCCCCUACAUACAGGAUCUAGUGACUCUUACAAACCUGAGGAUAAACUUUACCAAACUACACACUCUGGGGGAUACCUUGCUUGGAAGAAGGCCGACUGAUCCCCUGGAUAAGUAUUACUAUGCUCUUUAUGAUAUGGUUGUUCGGGGAAGAUGCUUUUGCAAUGGCCAUGCUAACAGAUGUGGCCCUGUGCAGGAUGUCCGGGGAGAUGUCUUCAGCCCAUCUGGAAUGGUUCACGGUCAGUGUAUCUGCCAGCACAAUACAGAUGGUCCAAACUGUGAGAGAUGCAAGGAAUUCUUCCAUGAUGUUCCCUGGAGGCCAGCCGAAGGUCUCCAGGAUAAUGCUUGCAGAUCAUGUAAUUGUAACGGCCACUCUGAACGCUGUCACUUUGAUAUGUCACUGUACCUCUCAAGUAAUGGUGUCAGCGGUGGAGUGUGUGAAGACUGUCAGCACAAUACUGUGGGACAACACUGUGAUCAGUGCAAACCCCUGUUUUACAGGGACCUCCUCAAGGCAAUUUCAGACCCUCAUGCUUGCAUUCCUUGUGAGUGUGAUCCUGAAGGGUCACUGUCUGGUGGCAUGUGUGAAAGUUAUCCAAAUCCAGCCCUGGGAAUCGAGGCUGGUCGAUGCCUUUGUAAAGACAAUGUUGAGGGAGCCCAGUGUGAUCAGUGCAAGCCUGGCUAUUAUGGACUGAAUGCCAAUGAUCCUUUGGGUUGUCAACCCUGCAACUGUAACCCCUUCGGGAGUGUACCAUUCUCCACCUGUGAUGUGGUUACUGGCCAGUGUUUUUGCCAGCAGUUUGCUACUGGACUCCACUGUGAAGAAUGCCUCGUUGGAUAUUGGGGACUUAAAAAUAAUCUACGUGGUUGUUCUCCUUGUGACUGUGAUAUUGGGGGUGCUUAUAGCAACCUGUGUUCCCCCCAUGACGGGCAAUGUGAAUGCCGCCCUCAUAUUAUUGGCCUCCAAUGCACAGAGCCAGAACCCGGCUACUUCUUUGUGCCUUUGGAUUUCUAUAUCUAUGAAGCUGAGGAUGCCAUGCCCAUCUCUGGAUCUGCACCUUUGAUACUAGCAACAGCUAUACCCCACUGUGAAGUUUAUUUCCAAAAGCAAGGAGGUGGUUUCACAAUUGACCGUGGAAAUAUAAUAUUGGAGAGGAAUAAAAUACAAAGUUCACAGGAACAGAGUGAAGUUCUCAGUGGGACCAGCUUGAGAUUCACCAUCAACAACAUCCCCUAUGCUAUGGACUAUGCUAUUGCAAUUCGUUAUGAGCCUCAGUCGUCAGCUGACUGGGAAGCUCGCAUAGUGAUUAACCCUUCUGGAACUUCAAGAGGUGAACAUUGCAGAUAUAAAGUACUCCCACAAGAGCCUCAGACUCUGGCCUUACCAGCUUCUGUAAGAAUUGCACUGCUUGCCACACCAGUCUGCCUAGAACCAGAAAUGCAGUAUUCUGUAGAUGUUCAUUUUUCUCAGUCAUUUACUACGGAUUCACAGGCUCAUGGACAUAUUUUGAUUGAUUCGCUUGGCCUUAUUCCCCAAAUUGAUUCAAUAGAGAAUUUCUGCAAUAAACAACAUUUAGAUGAGCACCAACUAAACAACUGUAUCGAAAUUGCUUCCAAACCACAUCCUCAAAUUUUGCCUGACUGGUGUGAAAGACUUAUAGUUAGCAUAUCUGCAAGGAUACACAAUGGAGCAGUUGCAUGCCAGUGUCACCCUCAGGGUUCCAUAGGGUCAAGCUGCAGCAAACUGGGAGGCCAGUGUCAAUGUAAAGACGUGGUGGGGUGCUGCUGUGAUCAGUGUUCUGCGGGAGCCUAUGGUUUGGGGCACCAUGGUUGUCACUCAUGUGAAUGCCAUCCUCAAGGCUCCAACAGCACCAUGUGUGAUCAGGUGACAGGACAGUGCCCCUGCCACAGAGACAUCGAAGGUCGCCGCUGUGAUCGGUGCUUGGCUGGUUAUUUUGGAUUUCCCAAUUGCCGUCCUUGUCCCUGCAAUGGGUUUGCGGAACUUUGUGACCCAGAGACUGGGUCAUGCUUCAACUGCAGAGGAUUUACAGCUGGACAUAAUUGUGAAAGAUGCAUUGAUGGUUACUAUGGAAAUCCUCUCUCUGGAAAACCAUGUCUUCCUUGCCAGUGUCCUGAUGCUCCUUCAAGUAAUCAGUAUUUUGCCCAUUCCUGCUACCAGAAUUCUUGGAAUUUAGAAAUAAUCUGCAACUGCCAAGAGGGUUAUACAGGUAUUAAAUGUGAUGAAUGCUCAACUGGUUUUUAUGGAAAGAGAAUAACAGGAGGCCUUUGUCUACCAUGUGUCUGCAAUAACAAUAUAGAUAGAACAGAUCCACAAUCAUGCAACAGGGUAACAGGAGAAUGCCUUAAAUGUUUAUAUAACACUCAUGGACCCAACUGCCAGUUCUGUAAACCAGGUUACUUUGGAUCAGCACUCACACAAAAUUGCAGAAAAUGUGAUUGCAAUCCUUCUGGGGUAAACCUUACUACCUGUCCAGUGGGUGAUGGAGCAUGCCUAUGUGACCCAACAACAGGAUCGUGUCCUUGCUUGCCAAAUGUCAUAGGUUUGGCCUGUGACCAAUGUGCCAAAGGAUACUGGAAUCUGGUCCUUGGUAGAGGAUGUCAGUUCUGUGAAUGUGACCCCCAACAUUCUCAUAAUAAUCACUGUAACCAGUUUACGGGCCAGUGCCCUUGUAAAUUGGGAUAUGGCGGAAAACAUUGCAACAAAUGUGAGGAAAAUUACUAUGGAGAUCCCCAGAUGCAAUGCAUUGAAUGUAAGUGUAACAAGGAAGGGACACAACCCAUCUGUGACCAGGAAACUGGUUCCUGCCUGUGCCGAACGGGUGUCGUGGGCCAGUUCUGUGAUCGUUGUGCCCGUGGUCAUUCCCAGGAAUUUCCCACUUGUCUUCGAUGUCACUUGUGCUUUGAUCAAUGGGACAGUAAGAUUUCUUCCCUCUCUGAUGCUGUACAAGGGUUAAUUAGAUUGGCUGCAAACUUGGAGGAUAAAAGAGAGACCCUGCCUGGCUGCAAUGCAGACUUCAAACGCCUAGGAGAUAGCAUGUCUGAAAUAGAAAGGAUUUUGAAACAUCCUGUUUUCUCAUCUGGGGAAUUCUUAAACGUCAAGGAUUAUCAUGACUCAGUUAGAACACAGGUUGAUCAGAUAGCCCAACAACUGAAUAGAGCUUAUGAUUUCCAAGACCUGAAUGGAACUGUGGUGGGCAUUGGGAAAGAAGUGGAUGAUCUACUCAAAGACCUGCAGAAAAAAGUGCACUUGGCCUCCCAUGUCAGCAAUUCCAGCAUCAGGGAUGCCUCCAAGAUCAAGAAAUAUUAUCAGAUGUCAUUAUCUGCAGAACAGAAAAUUAAUGAGACAACGCUUAUCAUAAAACAUUCUGAAAAUACUAGGAAUGAUAUGCUUACUAUGAUAGAUGGACUAACCUCAAAAGCAGACUUCUCACUGAAAAAAUUAAAACAGAUUCAGACUCCAGAUAUCCAAAAACUGAACGAAAAGGUGUGUGGAAUACCAGGAAACUUGUCAUGUGUUCUUGCGCCCUGUGGGGGAGCUCUGUGUAAAGAUGCUUAUGGGCACAGGAUGUGUGGAGGUCCAAGCUGUAAUGGUUCUCUAGGCCUUUCAGAGGAUGCUGUCAAGAAAGCUGAAGAAACUGAGUCUAUGAUUAAUAAUCUGACCAACCAGCUACAAGUAUCAGAGAAUCAGAUAAGAAACAUAACAAAACUAACUCAACUCACUAAGACCAAAGCUUUGCAGCUAACUGAGAAGCUAGAGAAUAUGAAAGACCAAAUAGAGCUGGAAGAACAGAAGACAAAAGCCCUCCUCCACAACGUGAAGGACUUUCUGCUAGAUGAGAACGUUCCACCAGAAGACAUAGAAAAGGUCGCAAAUCAUGUCCUGGACCUCCACCUCCCAAUAACUUCACAAAAUCUAACUAAGGAGCUUGAUAAAAUAGAGCUGCUUACAAAACUCUGUGAGGAUGACCAUGCAGCAGAGGGCAGGCUAAAACUAAAAGCCACAGAAGCCCAGAAACUUUUAGCAAAGUCUAAAGAAGCUGAGGAAGCAGUAAACACCCUACUGAACCUGGAAGAAAUGCUGGGAAACUUGCAACACGCUGAAGGUGUCCAAGGGCGAGCAAACUCUGCUGUUAAAAAUCUGACUGAUGAGAUACAAAAAAUUGAAAUGACCAUACUGAAGGCUGAAAACUUCACCAGUAAGACUAAUGAUGAAUUGGAACACAUAUCAAGCCAACAGUCUACACUGGAAGAUGAAAUCUCUACCUUGCAAACCAAGAUACAAAGGACUCGAGACGGUGCUAUCAGUGCAAAAGCCCAGGCAGAAUCAGUCCAGGAUCAAGCUAACAUCACUGAGAAGGAUUUCAUUGACCUAAAAAGACAAUUUACAGUUCUUCAAGAUAAGGCAAACUCUAAAGGAUCCAUGAAGGGAACACUCAGUAAAGUAAAACAGCUAAAAGAAGAAGCAGAAAAAUUGGCUGGGGAGACGGAGGAAAAAAUGCAACGAAUAAAAGAUUUAGCAAAGAAGAUCCAGAUCUUAAAUCAAACCAAGCAAGAGAAAGUCAAUCAACUAAAGCAACUAGAAAAUCAUGUCAUAGCUAUUAAAAAUGAAAUUGCUGAACAAGAAAAUAAAUAUGCGACCUGCCACAUCUAGGCUAUUUUAGAGGAUUAGAGUUGCCUCCUUAUAUUCUGGCUGCUGAUUAAAGCCCCCUGCUUAGAAUUAUAGAGUCCUGGAAAUUGGAAUGGCUCUCAGAAGUCAUUUGUCCAACUCCUCCCCAAAGCAAGAAUUUCCAUUUACAACCGCCACCAGAAAUGGAGAUCAGAAAAGCUAUUGUGAUGUCAGGUAAGCAGGGCUGGGGCUGUCUCUGUAACAUCAGUCUGUCUGUAGUUUCCCCACCCUCUGUACUACUAUUUCUUGGUAUUGAAGUAGACAGAGGAAUUAGAGCCAGGAAAAUGUCACUUUUUCUGAAAAUAGGAAAGGAAAAACAAAAGGUCUUCAAGCAUCUUUUUCCUCUUCACAUUUUUCUCUUCUGUUAGUUUAAAAGGGGGAGGUGGGGCAGAAAUUAGGUAUGCAAAACAAUUCUCUUUAAAUAAGCAUAGAUUCAGGCUUAUGCUAUUUCUGUCAAAUGAACUUUAAUUUUUAUUGAAUUACUAUAUUCUGGAUGGAAUCAAUAUUCCAUAUAUAAUUACCUAGAAUGUAAUAGAUUUCCUGUUAAUUUCUGUUUUGAGUUUAUUGUUCACUUUUAUCCUAACAAAUGCAGGGU